GCGGAGGAGCGUAAGAAGUAGGUCCCCUACUCGCCGCUUCGUCCCCCUCCCCUCCGCCCCUGGGAGGCUCCAGGACGUCACUUUCCCAACUUGUUGAAGGAGGCCUCAUCUCCUCUUCUGCGUUCUCCUGCUCCUCUCCGCCCCACCACCACUACACCCCCACCCCCCGCCCCCACCCCGAGCCGCGGCGGUCGCUCGCGCAGCGGGCCGGGGCGCGGGCAGACUUUGCCCCCGUCGUCGGCGCAGGCAGGGAGCGGGUGAUGUUCGCGGCGAGUCCCGGGAUGCAGGACACCUCAUGCCGCCUCGGCGGCUUCUCGCCUCCUCGCCUUACCCCCCCGCUGGCGGCCCUGCACAGUAUGGCAGCCGACGUGCAGACCCCACAGCCCCGGCCCCGGUCCCGGUGCCAGUCCCAAUCCCAGUACCCGGCCUACCCGCUGCCCUCCGCCGGGGCGCCCGCAGCCGCCUCGUCGUGCGCUUCCCCGGCCACCACCUCCCCCAACCCGGGCGGCAUGGCGGCGGCGUCGUCGCCGGGCCUCAAGUCGACCGGCCUGGGCUCGCCGCAGCUGUGCUCGUCGGCGACGCCCCACGGCAUCAACGACAUCCUCAACCGGCCCAGCGCGGCACCUUCCUCGGCCGCCCUGGGGGUCCUGAGCGCCCUGCCCUCGCGUUUCAGCAGCCUCAGUCCACCGCCGCCACCUACACCUCAGCCGCCCUCGGCCGGACUCUACUUCUCACCCGCGGCCGCCGCCGCCGCCGCAGCAGCCGCCGCGGCCGCCGCUGCCAUGGUCCGGUACCCCAAGCCACUGAGCGACCUGCCCGGCAGGACACCCAUCUUCUGGCCGGGGGUCAUGCAGGGGCCGCAUUGGAGGGACGCGCGCUUCGCGUGCUCGCCCCAGCAGAGUUGUGUGGUGGUGGACGGCAAAGACGGCAAGCGCAAACACACGCGGCCAACUUUCUCCGGACAGCAAAUUUUUGCUCUGGAAAAAACUUUUGAACAAACCAAAUAUUUGGCGGGACCCGAACGAGCGCGACUCGCUUUUUCUCUGGGGAUGACCGAGAGCCAGGUCAAGGUGUGGUUCCAGAACCGUCGCACAAAAUGGCGGAAAAAGCACGCAGCCGAGAUGGCCUCGGCCAAGCAGAAGCAGGACUCGCAGACGGAAAGAUUAAAGGUCAGCACGGACUUGGAGGACGACGAGGACGACGACGACUACGACAAACCCUUGGACCCUGACCAACCCCCACACCACCACCACCACCACCACCAACAUGACCCAUCCCACCUCAACGGCCUCCUCCAUAAGCACGCGCUCGUCGUCGUGCACGCGCCCGAACGAGGCGCUUCAUCUUCCUCCUCCUCCUAAAAAAAAAAAAAGAAAAAAAAUAGAAACAAAAACUUUUUCUUUUUGUUUGACUUGUAAAUACUUUUGGGACUGUAAAUAGAAACACACAGGCCCUCUUUUAUUAUUAUUAUUAUUAUGAUGAUUACUAUGACGAGGAUUAUUGUUAUUACGACAAUUAUUCUUAUGAGUGUACAGACACGUGGACGCAACACGUGAUUCAAUUUAAUUUAAUUCAUGUAACGUCAGCACUUUCACUCAAUAAACAGUCUUUACUACGACUAACAUUAUCAUCAUUGUUCUUAAAUAUGAUUAUUAACACGAUCAAAUAUCAUGAUUUAAAUUCGAAUUAAUCCGAAAAAUCGUGUUUGCGCCACUGUGCCUUAGAUUACUGUAUAUGGUUAUUAUUAUCAUUAUCAUUAUUACACAAUUUUGCCAGUUAAGAUUAUUUUUCAAAAUUAAAUAUACUUAUUAGGGAUAAACUAUGGGCCAUUUCACGCUCCCCCAAAAACAUUGCUGAAGUGUUGAUUCAUUUUUAUAUUCACAUUCACUCCCCUCCAAAUCAAUUUAGAAAUAAAGUGAGAGCAACGUUGAACAUAAUGCUGCGGAUCAUAAUAAUAAUAAUAAUAAUAAUAACGUAAAGUUUGAACUUCGAUUGACGCUCUACUGACCUCAUCAGGUCACGGCCAUGAAAAUGGAAUAUUAAAUCCUGUAU